UGAUGCUGUUCAAGCUGAAAAACCUCUGGACAUUCCAAAAGAACUGUGGAUGAUGGUGGAUCACUUAUACCGCAACGCUUCCCAGCAGGAGGACCUGUUUCAGCAACCAGGUCUCAGAUCUGAAUUUGAGCAAAUCAGAGACUGUUUGGACAAAGGAAUGCAUGAUACCCUCUUUGGCAACAACCACUCUGUAGCAGAAGCCCUGCUGCUCUUCCUAGAAAGCCUGCCAGAGCCCGUCAUUUGCUACAAAUUCUAUAACAGCUGCUUGGAGUGUUCCAACAGCUACCGAUUGAGCAGCCAGCUAGUGUGUUUGGUGGCUUGUUACUUCGACCUCCACCUGGACAUCCUAAACCUGAUAUAACUGAAAAGAGGACAGCUCAGCAAUUUAUCCAUCAGUUCCUCUUGGGAGAGGACAAUUUACCAUGAAUUUCAGAUGCAGCUAAUCUAAUUUUUAGAUAUUGUAUUACUGUAAAAAUAUUUUUGUACAGACUUAGGUUUUUUGGACUUUCACAGUAUUUUAUAUAAUCUACUGCUAUUAAAUGCAGAUCUGGCUGUUAAAAUCAGGUGUCACUAUUAAUAUGCUGUAAAGGGUAGAGGACUUCUAAAUAAGCUGUAUGCAAACAAGCACAAAGACAGAAACUGGUAUUUACAGUGUAUUUUAUUUAACUUGUAUUAAAGUUCUAAAUUUUUAA